AAAAGCACAUUCCUAUAAAAUGUAUCACAAGUUCACAACUCCAUAAACUAAAAUAAAGUUUGUCAAGUUGUCACCUAAAGUAACCCCCCAUCUUCACCAACAAAGCUAAAAAAAACAAAAAAAAAAAAAAAAAAAAAAAAACUUCACAUUCUUUCAUUCACACACAAACUCAAAAAAAAAAAAAAAAAUGUCACCUCUCCCAUUCUUCACACUCACUUUUUUAACAUUCUGCAACACAAUCUUUCAAGUAACAUCUCAUUCAUCAUACACACCCACAUCACCAGAUGGACAGUUAGUCACAGAAUGGAAGUCAGCGCGUGCAACAUACUACGCGGCAGCAGACCCAAGAGACACGGUGGGUGGCGCGUGUGGGUACGGAGACUUGGAAAAGAGUGGGUAUGGAAAAGCAACAGCUGGGUUAAGUAGUGUGUUGUUUGAGAAAGGACAGAUCUGUGGGGCAUGUUUUGAAGUAAGAUGUGUUGAGGAUCUUAGGUGGUGUAUUCCUGGGACAUCUAUUAUUGUUACUGUUACUAAUUUUUGUGCUCCUAAUUAUGGUUUUGAUGUUGAUAAUGGUGGUAAAUGUAACCCUCCUAAUCCACAUUUUGUUUUGCCUAUUGAGAUUUUUGAAAAGAUUGCUAUUUGGAAAGCUUCUAAUAUGCCCAUUCAGUAUAGGAGGAUCAAGUGCAGAAAGGAAGGAGGGAUUCGUUUCACCAUUGAUGGAGCAGGGGUAUUCAUGUCGGUCCUGAUUAACAAUGUUGCUGGUGCAGGAGAUGUAACAGCGGUGAAGAUUAAGGGUUCAAGAACUGGAUGGCUUCCUAUGAACAGAAACUGGGGACAGAAUUGGCAUAUAAAUGCUGACCUCAAAAAUCAACCACUCUCUUUUGAGGUCACUAGUAGCGACGGGUUGACUAUUACAUCUUAUAAUGUUGCACCAAAAGAUUGGGAUUUUGGUCAGAGCUUUGAGGGCAAACAGUUCGAAUCAUGAUACACCUUUUGUUUUUAUACUCGAUUCUCAAGCAUAGAGCCAAAGCCUUUUUGCAGUAUGCCUUUUAAGUACUAGCCAAGAUCAAUGUAACAUUGGAAGGUCAAAAAUGUGUCUGGACCAACCACUGGGAGUUUUAACAGAUUUUUAGUUUUAUCAACUGUAUAAAACAAAUUAUGGAAAAUUUCCUCGUUAUCUGUUUUGUUUUA